GAGAGGGCUGGGCUCUGUACAGGAUCUGUCUAACGGAUUUUUCAGGUUUCAUGGAUAUGUCACUAUUUUCUAUUGGAUUAAUUAAUCUUGUACAAGCAGCGAUGGGUCGUCGAAGACAAAGAGAACGCGUUUGGAUUCAGUGCGUCGCGUGGCUUUGUUUAUUUGACUGGUCUGCAGCGCAGAUCUCUUUCUCCGUUUCAGAGGAGGUGGACAAAGGCACGUUUGUGGGGAAUCUCGCUAAGGAUUUAAACAUUAAUGUUCAGGAACUGGAGUCGAGGGGUCUAAGGAUUGUAUCAGGACAUAGUAAGAGAUAUUUCGAGGCAAAUAUGAAAACGGGGAUUCUGUACGUUAACGAGAGGAUAGACAGGGAGAAGCUUUGUCCGAAUAUGGUAAAAUGCUCAUUAAAUGUAGAGGCCUUAUUGAGCCAUCCUAUGUUUCUCCACCGCGUCGAAGUGAAUAUUUUAGACAUCAAUGACAAUUCCCCAUUUUUCCUCGAACAAUAUCAUACAUUUAACAUUUUCGAGUCUUCAUCACCUGGAGAUAGAUAUCCUUUACCGAUUGCCAAUGACGCAGAUACGGGCAGUAACUCGGUAAACAACUACAAGCUGAGCCCGAAUGAACACUUCUCCCUAGAUGUACAGAGCGGUGGAGAGCAGAGUGUGUCUGCUGAGUUAGUGCUGCAGAAAGCCUUAGACCGAGAGAAACAGCCCGUUAUCCAGCUCACACUGACCGCUGUAGAUGGAGGAAAACCUCCCAGAUCCGGGACUUCACAGAUCAUUGUUAACGUGAUAGAUGUGAAUGAUAAUACACCAACAUUUGGUAAACAACUAUAUAAGGUCCGUGUUAAUGAAAAUGCUUCUCUUGGGACAAAAAUAUUAAAGUUGGAUGCAUCCGAUUUAGACGAGGGUGUCAAUGGUGAACUUGUUUACUCAUUUAGCAAACGUGGUAGUGUUAACUCUGCCGAUGUGUUUUCUAUCGAUGCACAAAGUGGUGAAAUUACUGUAAAAGGGGAAUUGGAUCAUGAAGAAAAUGCUGCAUAUGAAAUUCGAGUUCAGGCGACGGACCAAGGCUCCUCGCCUCGCAAUGGUUAUUCUAAAGUGUUAGUAGAAGUUAUUGAUGUCAAUGACAAUGCUCCUGAAAUCGCAGUAACAUCACUUAUGAGCCCAGUAAAAGAGGAUGCUGAGAUAGGGACCGUGGUCGCCUUGGUAACAGUAACUGAUAAAGACGGAGGUAAGAACGGACUCACUAACUGUAAUAUUAUUGGGUCUGUUCCUUUUAAAUUAAAGUCCAACUAUAAAAACUAUUAUUCGUUAGUGGUCGACGGGCCUCUUGACAGAGAGAGCGCUUCACAAUACAAUGUUACCGUCACAGCUACGGAUGAAGGGGCCCCGCCUCUCUCCAGCAUCAGCGUUAUUACUGUACACGUUUCUGAUGUAAAUGACAACGCUCCUCGCUUCUCAGAACCAGUGAUUAAUGUUUACGUAAAAGAGAACAGUCCGAUAGGAGACGUCAUUUAUACGAUGUCUGCUUUUGACCCAGAUUCAGAUGAAAAUACAAAGAUGACGUAUUCGUUAUUAGAUAAAAGUGUUUCAAUAUCAUCAUCUGUAAAUAUAAACUCGGAUACUGGAGAUAUAAUCAGUCUGCAGUCUUUUAACUAUGAGGAGAUCAAAACUUUCCAGGUCAAAGUUCAGGCCACAGACUCUGGUGUUCCUCCACUCAGCAGCAACGUGACUGUGAACGUUUUUAUCCUGGAUGAGAAUGACAACAGUCCUGGGAUUCUCGCGCCCUAUUCUGAGCACGGCUCCGUUAAUACUGAGAACGUACCCGAUUCUGCUGAAGCGGGCUACUUUGUGGCCAAGAUCAGGGCUGUAGACUCCGACUCUGGUUACAAUGCUUUGCUUUCUUAUCACAUCUCUGAGCCCAAGGGAACCAACCUCUUCCGAAUCGGAACCAGCACCGGGGAACUAAGGACUAAGAGGAGAAUGAGUGACAAUGACCUGAAAACUCACCCGUUGGUCGUGUUGGUUUCUGAUAACGGAGAACCCUCACUGUCAGCGACUGUGUCUAUUGAUGUAGUGGUGGUUGAAAGUACAGGUGAAAUCCAGACUCAAUUCAGAAAUGUGCCUAGAAAGGAGGAGAACUUCUCUGAUUUAAACCUGUAUUUGUUGAUCGCCAUUGCCUCGGUGUCAGUGAUAUUUUUACUGAGCCUCAUCAGUUUAAUAGCUGUAAAAUGCCACAGGACAGAUGACAGUUUCAGAAGGUACAGCGCCCCAAUGAUCACCACACACCCUGACGGAAGCUGGUCUUACUCCAAAUCUACUCAGCAGUAUGACGUGUGUUUCAGCUCAGACACACUGAAGAGUGACGUAGUGGUUUUCCCCGCUCCGUAUCCACCUGCAGAUGCAGAACUGAUCAGUAUUAAUGGAAAUGACACGUUUAACAGGACUCAGACAUUACCCAACAAAGAGGAGGUAAGGUCUACACCUAAACGGGCCUAUUUUCUAUAAAAUUGUACACCAUCUAUGUUCAUCUAUUGAACGCCUUGCAUUCAAAUAAUAUG